CCCUUCGCAUUGAUUAGUAGGACACUUUCUUGCACGUUGAGCAGUUAUUCUUUUGAAUGGUGAACGAAUUCUUGUGUUGCUCAAAAGAACGACAAUGUUUUCCUGUUGCAUCUAAUUUUGACAUCCCGUCUUUCUGCCUUACCUCGGUCGUUCAUCUAGCCCUUUUCGAAAAUUGCGGCCUUUGCUGAUUUAGAAUUUCCGAUCUCAGCUGUAUUCAACAGCGCAAUGGAGUCUGUUACAAUUUCGUCGGUCAAUGGUAAGCGCGCCAGCUCGUCUAACAGUAGCAGUUCCACUUCGAGUGAAUCGGGUGCGUCAAAACUGGGUGUGAGCCAAACGGAUGACCAUGGCAGAAAUAAUUCUGCGUACCAUAACGACGAGGACGACAUUCCCCCAAACCAGACCUAUUAUGCAGAUGAACUGAUCGACGUACCCGAUUUGGGAAAAAAAUCGUUUAGCUUCCGCACUCUUUGGGCUUUCACCGGGCCGGGCUUUCUGAUGAGUAUUGCUUAUUUAGAUCCAGGCAACAUUGAAUCUGAUUUACAAUCGGGAGUCGUGGCUGGCUACAAGUUACUGUGGGUGCUGAUGACGGCAACGAUCAUGGGACUGUUGGUUCAACGUUUGGCUAUCCGAUUGGGGAUGGUUACGGGCCUGCAUUUGGCAGAGAUGUGCUACAAACAAUAUCCGAAAGUGCCCCGCCUCAUAUUGUGGGUUAUGGCCGAGAUUGCGAUUAUUGGAUCUGACAUUCAGGAAGUCAUCGGGACGUCACUGGCCAUCUACAUUCUCUCCGAUCAAGCAAUUCCCAUUUGGGGAGGUGUCCUUAUCACAGUCUUCGACACGUUUACGUUCUUGCUCCUGGACAAAUAUGGUUUACGCAAGUUGGAGCUUUUCUUCGGCUUCCUCAUUACCGUCAUGGCCAUCACGUUUGGAUAUGAAUACGUUCAUGAUCCGCCGCCACAAAUCGAAGUUAUCAAAGGUCUCUUCAUCCCGGGUUGCAAGGGUUGCGGACCUGAAGGUGUUCUUCGAGCUGUAGGCAUUGUCGGUGCUGUCAUCAUGCCUCAUAAUCUCUUUCUCCACUCAGCUCUAGUCAAGUCGCGCAAAGUUGAUCGCAAAGACAAACAUUCAGUCCAGCAAGCGAACAAGUAUUUCUUCAUCGAGUCGUGCAUAGCUUUGUUCAUUUCGUUCAUUAUUAACAUUUUCGUCGUCUGCGUUUUUGCCUACGGACUUUUCGGGAAAACCAAUCAAGAUGUGCAAGAUUUGUGUGCGAACAGCACCUCGUCGUCCUCAGAACAAGAAAUCGAGGAAUUCUUUCCGGCCAACAAUGAAACUGUUGAUGCCGACAUUUACCGCGCUGGACUGUUCUUGGGCUGCAAGUACGGGGAUGCAGCCAGAUACAUUUGGGCUGUCGGAAUCUUGGCCGCUGGUCAGUCGUCCACAAUGACCGGAACUUACAGUGGCCAGUUUGUUAUGGAGGGUUUCUUAAAUUUGCACUGGGCACGCUGGAAGCGAGUUUUGCUUACUCGUACCAUUGCCAUUUCUCCUACUCUUUUCUUGGCCAUCUUCGCCGAUAUUCAACAGCUUACUAGUUUGAAUGACUACCUCAACGCUGUUAUGAGUUUGCAGCUGCCAUUCGCCUUGAUUCCUACGUUGACGUUCACCAGUUCGCCGAAAAUUAUGGGCGACUUUGUGAACGGGCUGUUCAAUAAAAUUCUCCUCGCCGUUUUGGCGGUGAUCGUCGUAGGCAUCAAUCUCUUUUUCGUGGUCGUAACCAUUAACGAAAGCCUACCUCACCACUGGGCAAUAUACACUGCGUUUGGAAUUUUCGGCAUUCUCUACAUGACCCUGGUCGGGUAUUUAGUUCUUCAUUUAAUCGACUCCUUCGGUGGCCGUUGCUGUUCUCGACUACCGGGGAUAGCUGGGCUGGUCGACCAAAAUCAAUAUCAUCUGACGAAAAACGAAAUGACAGAAGCUUCUUCCUUAGCUACAAUCCAUUCUGUGGGAACUAGAUUAUCGAUUGAUAAGAAUGGACUGAAACAUAACGGCGAUGACACUAACAACAGGGACAAUGAAAGCCGUUCAUGUAGCCUCCGCGGCAGUCAUCGCGGCAACCUUAGCGCCAGUGUUCAUGCCUAAUUUUAGUUACAGCUCCUUUUAGUAUACUUUUAUUUUUUAAAUCUAAAGGUGGGCAACGUUUAUCGUGCAACUGCAAUUCUUAUCGGCUCGGCUGACCACCGACUCAUCUUUCUACAGACCAACCAUUAUUUGAAUAAUUUUUUUUAGGCUUCCAAUUUGUCUGGAUUGGCAUAGUGUGUUGUCUCCUCAAUAGUAGUCUACAGCUCCCGAUUGCAUAAAUACUUGCGACAAAGGAAGACGUACUGUCUCUUCAGGAGAUCUGAAAGGAGUGCAAUCUUCUCAUAUUUUUUUUAAUGGCUUACAAGCCAGUGAGCUUUCUUUGAAAAAGAAAGGUGUACACAGUCAAUCGUUGACUUCGAGUGCCUGUUAUUUUGACGUGUUUUUAUUUGCUGCCACAUCUUGUGCUUCAAUUGAUUGUUCCGGAUUACCGUAAUAAAUAAC